GCCAAUCCAGCUCGACUCGACUCCCAAGUAUACCUGGAGAUUUUACACACGAAUAAAAACUGUCUGUACUGAGAAGACCUGACGGAACCAUGACAGGUACCGAGUGAAGAAUUAAUAACGGAAUAUCAAGAAAAGAACACUGCGUGUGUUCCGGAGGCGUUCGCAGUUCGAGUGAGCACCUUUUGGUUCGGAGCGCACACAUACGCACGCAUCUGAGCAGCGAUGGGCGCUUGGACGCUGCUGCUGUGCCUACUCGCCAUUGUGAGAGGCAGCCUGGGGGCGGAUACUGAAGAGCGGCUGGUGGAGCACCUGCUAAACCCCGCCCACUAUAACAAACUGAUCCGCCCAGCGACCAAUGGUUCUGAGCUGGUGACAGUUCAGCUGAUGGUGUCCCUGGCCCAGCUCAUCAGUGUGCACGAGAGAGAGCAGGUCAUGACCACCAACGUAUGGCUCACACAGGAAUGGCAGGACUACCGUCUGACUUGGGUCCCUGAGGAGUUUGAUGGCAUGGAGAAGGUCAGACUGCCUUCCAAACACAUCUGGCUGCCUGACGUUGUGCUGUAUAACAAUGCUGACGGAAUGUACGAGGUCUCCUUCUACUCCAACGCGGUGGUCUCCCAUGACGGCAGUAUCUUCUGGCUGCCUCCAGCCAUCUACAAGUCAGCCUGUAAGAUCGAGGUCAAACACUUUCCCUUCGACCAGCAGAACUGCACCAUGAGGUUCCGCUCCUGGACCUACGACCGCACAGAGAUCGACCUGAUCCUGAGGUCCGACGUGGCCAGCAUGGACGACUUCACACCCAGCGGAGAGUGGGACAUCAUCGCCCUGCCGGGGCGCCGCAACGAGAACCCUGCCGACCCCACCUACGUAGACAUCACCUAUGACUUCAUCAUCCGCAGGAAACCUCUGUUCUACACCAUCAACCUCAUCAUCCCCUGUGUCCUCAUCACUUCUCUGGCUAUCUUAGUGUUCUAUCUGCCCUCUGACUGUGGAGAGAAGAUGACCCUGUGUAUCUCUGUCCUGCUGGCCCUCACUGUGUUCCUCCUGCUGAUCUCUAAGAUCGUCCCCCCCACCUCCCUGGACGUUCCUCUGGUCGGGAAGUACCUGAUGUUCACCAUGGUCCUGGUGACCUUCUCUAUUGUCACCAGUGUGUGUGUUCUCAACGUGCACCACCGCUCACCCACCACACACACCAUGCCCCCCUGGGUCAAGCUGGUGUUCCUCAACAAAUUGCCUACGCUGCUCUUCAUGCACCAGCCCCAGAACAGCUGCGAGCGUCAGAAGCUGCGCCAGCGACGGAGGGGCCAGGAGCAGAGGGAGGGGGGCAGGGAUGGGGGCUCCACCGGGGGGCUGAUGGUGGGCCUGGGGCUGGGGGGUGGAGGGGGUGGCACGGAUAACAACGACCCCUGUACGUGUUACGUGAACCGGGCGUCGGUGAAACAGUUUGUAGGGGAGCUGGGAGGGGGCGCGGGGGGAGGAGGGGGAGGGGGGUCGAUGGAGGGGCUGAACGGGCUGAGGGAAGACAGGGAGGGGGAGCAGGGGAACCGGCCCAGGGGGAAACGGGUAGGAGGGGGCCCAGCCCUGACCCAGGCCGUGCUAGGACAAGCCUGCCCUGGGUUGGAGGAGGCUGUCGACGGGGUCCGCUUCAUCGCCAACCACAUGAAGACUGAAGACGACGACCAGAGUGUGAGCGAGGACUGGAAGUAUGUUGCCAUGGUGAUCGACCGUCUCUUCCUGUGGAUCUUUAUAAUUGUGUGUGUGUCCGGAACGGUCGGGAUGUUCCUCCAGCCACUGUUCCAGAACUACACUGCCAAGACCAUCACCAACACCAAUGGCUGACCAACCAGGUGCCCAGCAGCAUCGAUGGACACCGCCCCGACCCAAUCAGCACAGCAGGACAGGGGCAGGAGGGAGGGACCUGCUCAGCAGGGGAAGUGGGUUUUAUUAAGUCUGUGGAACUAAAUUGGACAGGAGCCACACCUGUUAACCUUUAUAGCCUUUCUACUGAACUGUUCUGAACUGAAGAACUAAACUUAACACCAACAUCGUAUUAAAGAUUGUUUUUUUUCCAUAGGAGGGAUAAAUGGACCUCUUCCCUUUUUCCCAGAGGAAGGUGGAGUUAUGCCUCUCCUCUCUCCCUCUGAGUGACAAGCGGCAGAAGCCAAUCAGGGAGAGAGGACAAUCUCUAAAUUGUUUGACAUCCUGUAGAACGCUACGCCAGCCAAUCAAUGCUCUUCAUUCCAAGCUGACUGUGCAAGCUUACUGAGAGUAUAUUGUUGCACCUUAACUGGUACAGAACUUAAUGCUUCAGUAACAGAACCUUGAUUGGAAACUGUGUCAACCAAUCGGGAAAAUGUAAAGGCAAGUGGGGGGUUGUCAAGGUUCAUAAUUGUUUUUCCAAGCCACUUCUGUUAAGCCAACUGAUAGUACAGUACAGUAUAUUUUAUCAUAGCAUAGCAGUGUACCACAGUAUAGCUUUGAAUAUAAUAUUAUUGCUCUGUGUCUGUUCCUGAGAGAAAGGUAGGGUGCAGGGGUUUGUUGUAUGCUUCUCUGCGCUUUUAAACAAGAAUGUGAUAUUACCUGUACUACACAGCCUGUGACGUGCACACUAACACUAUAUGAGGAGAAGAGACAGAUCGUGAAGGAGAUGAAAGAGAUGAAAGAGAGAGAGGGAUAUUGACAGAGAGUUAGAUGGAAUGAGAUGAAGUAGUUAUAGUGAAUCCCAAACCGCCCCCUCGCCAAUACCAACUCCCUCCGUUGUCACGUGUUGCUGACGAAGCUCCGAGGGUGACUUCCAGAGAGUGGCGAUGGGAUCAAUAAACCCACCGGGACCAGUCUCUGAAUCAGACAUAAACACAUGCACGUGGUAUAUAAUUAGACACGCCUCUCCAUUUUUUUAUAAUUCAAUUGUGCUAACUUCAGACAUAUAGCAGUGAGUGUCGGGAUAGUACGUCGCUCUGAAGCCUGCAUCCGUGCUGGCUAGGUCGAAGUGGCUUUAGGAGGAUCUAAUUAGCCCCUACACCCCCAUAAUAUUCACUCCCUCAGCUUUAGUACACUUGUGCAAAUGGCAGAGGUGGAGAGGCAGGGGGUGAAGGGGCAGGGGGUGAUUUGGGAUUCAACCUUAGAGAAAGAUAAAGGUGUAGGAUGUCUGCGUAUACAGCUCUAUUGGGAUAAUAGCAGCUUGUGCCAUAGGGUACAGUUGCAAGGGGAUGAGUCUAGAUUCAGUAAGUUCCUGGGAAACUGAGAUUGGGUUGAGCCAAGAUGGAGUAAAUUCCCUCCUUUUACAGUUUUUUAAAUUUAUUUUAACCUUUAUUUAACCAGGCAAGUCAGUUAAAGAACAAAUUCUUAUGUUCAAUGACGGCCUAGGAACAGUGGGUUAACUGCCUGUUCAGGGGCAGAAUGACAGAUUAAUACCUUGUCAGCUCAGUUGAGCCAUGAUUGCACAAAAUUGGGUGGUCGAAUAUAGAACUGACAGAUGAUAUGUAUUGUUGGAAUAAGGAUGUUUUCUCACAAAAUGUAAGCUAUUGUAUGUUAUGAAUGUUUGCACAAAUGUUAAUUUCUGUCAUCACUGUGAUUCUCAUUAUCAGAGUAAGACAGUGUCUCACUCUGUCCUCUCUUCCUUUCCUCCCUCUCGCCUCCCCUCCUUCUCCCUCUCUCCUCUCCUCCUUCCUCCUCAUGUCCUCCCCUCCUUCCCCCUCCUGCCCUCUCCUCCUUCCCCCUCUCUCCUCCCCUCCUUCCCCCUCCUGUCUUCUCCUUCUUCCCCCUCCUGUCCUCUCCUCCUGUCCUUUCCUCCUGUCCUUUCCUCCUUCCCCUUCUCUCCUCUCCUCCUUCCCCCUCCUGCCCUCUCUCCUUCCCCCUCCUGCCCUCUCCUCCUUCCCCCACCUGUCCUCUCCUCCUUCCCCCUCCUGUCCUCUCAUCCUGUCCUUCCCUCCUUCCCCUUCUCUCCUCUCCUCCUUCCCCCUCUCUCCUCCCCUCCUUCCCCCUCCUGUCCUCCCCUCCUUCUCCCUCGCUCCUCUCCUCCUUCCCCCUCCAUCCCCCACCUGUCCUCCCUCCUUCCCCCUCCUGUCCUCCUGUCCUCUCCUCCUGUCCUUCCCUCCUUCCCCCUCUCUCCUCUCUUCCUUCCCCCUCCUGUCCUCCCUCUCUGAUUGUGUUGUGCUCUGCAGAUGACUCUCUCCUCUCCUCCUUCCCCCUCCUGUCCUCUCCUCCUGUCCUUCCCUGUUUCCCCUUCGCUCCUCUCCUCCUUCCCCCUCCUGUCCUCCCUCUCUCAGAUUGUGUUGUGCUCUGUAGCUGACUCUCUCCUCUCCUCCUUCCGCCUCCUGUCCUCCCUCUCUCAGAUUGUGUUGUGCUCUGUAGCUGACUCUCUCCUCUCCUCCUUCCACCUCCUGUCCUCCCUCUCUCAGAUUGUGUUGUGCUCUGUAGCUGACUCUCUCCUCUCUUCCUUCCCCCUCCUGUCCUCCCUCUCUCAGAUUGUGUUGUGCUCUGUAGCUGACUCUCCCCAGUGUGUAACGGUGUGUAAGGCUGUAUUAUUAUUAUUGUCAGAACACAAGCCACCUAUAAUUAUUACAGUAAUGGGCCAGGUUCAAUUACUUAAUGUCCGAUGUGUGUGUGUGCACUCAUUGCCCACUGCAUUACCAUAUCUGUCCGACGCAAUGUGCAAGAGAGCUUACUUCCCUGGAGAGAGAGAGACCAGCCAAGUGUUAACUGCCAUCCCGAGUGAUCCCCUUCCAUGACCUUGCGUCACUCUGUGGGACACAGGCUUUUCACAGUGGGGUAGUCCAGGAGAGCCCCAGGAGUGUGUAAGCCUUUCAGAGAGCUGUGGAGUCCUGUGGAGUGGAGUCCUCUCUUUCCCUUCAGGACCUGACUGUAGAGGUGUGAAGCAAACAGAGUGCUGUCCAUCCCCUCCCUCCUCCCCUCCUUCCCCCUCCCUCCUCCCCUCCUUCCCCCUCCCUCCUCCCCGUUUCUCCACCCCUCUCUUUUUCUUCCUUCUCUCCCCUUCAUUCCCUUGUUCUCUCUCUCUCCUCUGUCCCUCUCUCUUUGUCUCUGUGUGUUUCUCCAUUCCCCACUCAGAGGAGAGCGUUGUCCUCCAAUAACCGCUCACAGCUUUGUUCCUGUCCAAUAAAGGUUGUAGGU